ACGAACAUGUAAAUCUCGACAUACGCAGAGUGCAUGAAAGAGGUGGACAUACUUUUACUUGAGGAUAAAGGAUCGCGAAAUGCUACGUACCUGAGGUGACCUAAAUUCGAUAGUCGAACUGAAAACGCGAAAAAGCACGAGUCAGUCACUAGACCUACCCAGCUGAGGAGUUUGGAUGUGUUGUCAUGGAUUCUGCUACAUGUAAGGCAUUCAAGACUUUGGUGUUCCUGUUUGUCCUCUGCUGCUCCACUGUGCUAGCAGCCAGAAUCGGCAACCCUCCAGUGGUGGAGAAUGCCCAGUACUGGAAUGAAGGGGCACAAAGACGGUUAAAAGCCGCUGUAAAUAUGCGUGCCAAUACGAACGUGGCUAAGAACGUCAUAUUUUUCCUGGGUGACGGAAUGGGCCUGCCGUCAGUGACCGCUGGGCGGAUUCUCAAGGGGCAGUUGAAGGGCAUGUCCGGUGAGGAGGAAGACUUAACCUUCGACAAGUUUCCCCACAGUGCUCUGAUAAAGACAUACAAUGUGGAUCGUCAGACGUCGGACUCUGCUGGGACGGCCACCGCCUUCCUGUGCGGAAUAAAGGCUAAUGCAGGAACGGUCGGUGUGGAUUACAGGGCCAGCAGAACGAACUGCGCCCAACAGAAGGGGAAAGAAGUGGACUCCAUACUGAAAUGGUCGCUCAAGGAAGGCAAAUCAGUGGGUAUUGUGACCAAUACCCGACUGUCCCACGCCACCCCGGCGGCUUCCUACGCCCACAGCUCGGAGAGAGACUGGGAGGGAGAUGCGGACAUGGACGGUGUGCAGGGAGGGUGUAAGGAUAUCACCGAUCAGCUGAUAUCAGAUAACAAAGAUAUACAGGUUAUACUCGGAGGUGGAAGGCGAACGUUCAUCCCACUGACGGAACCGGAUCCAGUAACGGGGACGAAUGACCAGGAUAAGAAUAGAAGGGACGGAAGGAAUCUAAUAAAGGAAUGGAUUCAAGACAAAGAAAACCGCAGUCUUAACCAUAAAGUGCUCUACAACAAAACAGAUGUAUUGAAUACAGACAUUCAAAACGUCCAGUAUUUAUUAGGGUUAUUUGCAACGAGUCACAUGCCUUAUGAGCUCGAGAGAGACAAGAGUGACUCCGGGCAACCUUCUUUAGCGGAAAUGACAGAACUGGCUAUCAAAGUCCUACGGAAAAACACUAAAGGCUAUUUUUUGCUAGUUGAAGGUGGGAGAAUCGACCACGCCCACCAUGACAGCAAGGGGAAGCGAGCACUUCACGAAGUGGUGGCGUUUGACACAACUGUGGAGACCGCGUUUAAUAUGACCAAUGAGAAAGACACCCUCAUCGUCGUCACGGCCGAUCACUCUCACGUGUUUGUGAUUGGUGGAUACCCAUCACGUGGCAAUGACAUAUUAGGACUAACCGAUUACUUCGGGAAUCAGCCUGACGAACCUCCAAGUGAUAACAAACCUGCUACUACCCUUCUCUACGGCAAUGGGCCCGGCCACAAUGCAACCCACCCCAGGGAGAACCUGACUGGAGUCGACAUACACGACAUUGACUACAUACAACAGAGCGCCGUGCCGAUGAAAUGGGAAACCCAUGGAGCGGAGGAUGUGGCUGUCUAUGCUACGGGGCCAAUGGCACAUCUUUUCCACGGAGUCCAGGAGCAGAAUUAUAUAGCUCACGUGAUGGCCUAUGCCUCGUGCGUAGGUGAAAAUAAAGACCACUGCAAAGCAAAACCUGUCCCGAGUGGACAAAAUCCUUUGAGGCUGUCUCUGAGUGUCCUGGAGUUACUUGGUAUCUUGGUGUUUUUACUAGUGUAGACCAUUCAGAUUACUCUGUGGCACUGCGACCAACAAAUACGCUUGUCACAAAUGUUAAGGUUUCUGCUCAAACUGUUUUAAGAAUUGGUUACAAGACACUUCAUUGUUUUGUUUCUAUCCUUGAAACCCGUUUUACGAAAAUGAUGUAAGGGUAGGUCCUGUAUUUAAAAAUCGUACUGGUGAGAGAUGUAACUCAUUUACAGGUGUGCUCGUACUUUACAGUGUUCACGUAACAGUUCUUUUCUAAUUCAGUGUAAGCAUAAUAUUCCACAAAAACAUAGUUUUAUACCUUGAUUGUUUUAAGUACAGUUCAUA